AUGGGCUGGUACGACUACUUCACGGACAUCACGUCCUCCCUCACCAUCGGCAGCGCCUACGCUGACCAAAAUGAGGGCAUUUCCCGCUCUCCCGAAGACCUAGCGGGUAACAUGUCCGACUCCAAGUCCGUGACGUCCGGCGGCAUGGGUCAAGCUCAGCAACGCGGACAAGCCGGCGUAAAGGGUGGUGCGAGCACAAGUAGUCCUGCUAGUGGUACCGAUGAGGAGAGUUCGGGGGAGAAAGAGGCCAAUGAGGAGGAGCUCAAGAAGUCUACUUCGCAGAGUGGAGAGGCGGCCGCUGGGCACAAGCCUGGUGAUGGCGGGGAGGGAAGCGGACAGAAGGGGCCCGAAGCGAGUGGGCCUCAUGGUGGUAGCGUAAAGGCUUUGAGCGGGGCUUCGCAGCAGGAGAAGGAGGAGGGUGAGGAUGAUGUCGCUGAGGAUGACGAUGAGGAGGAGGAGGAGGAAGAGGAGGAUGAGCCUGAAGAUCUGAAGCCCAAGUUUGAGGAGGAGUGUAUGCGAUCUCAGAAGUGUGCACCUCUCAAGCAUCACUACGACGAGUGCUCUGAGCGCGUUACCCAGCAGCACGAGCAGCACGGCAAGGCUCACGAGGAUUGUGUGGAAGAGUAUGACUACAAUGCUCUCGAACCCGCCAUCUCCGGCAAAAUCAUGGAACUCCAUCACAGCAAACACCACCAAACUUACGUAACAUCCUACAACGCCGCACAAGAAAAACUCGGCGAUGCCCUCGCCAAAGGUGACAUUGCCUCAGCGAUCGCCACACAACCACUUGUCAACUUUCAUGGCGGCGGGAAUCUCAACCACACCCUCUUCUGGGAGAACUUGGCGCCCAAGAGCCAGGGAGGAGGAGAGCCGCCCAAAGGUGCAUUGGCGAAGAGCAUCGAUGGCCACUAUGGAAGUCUUGAUGCGUUCAAGGAGAAGUUCAACACCGCGCUGGCCGGGAUCCAGGGUAGUGGGUGGGCUUGGUUGGUACAGGAUGUUGAUACGGGAAGUCUGAGUAUCAGGACUUAUGCUAAUCAGGAUCCCGUGGUGGGCAAGUUCCAUCCUUUGUUGGGGGUGGAUGCGUGGGAGCAUGCGUAUUAUUUACAGUAUGAGAAUAGGAAGGCGGAGUACUUUAAGGCGAUUUGGGACGUUAUUAAUUGGAAGAAGGCGGAGGAGAGGAUGAAGUAG